AUGGUGGACGCGGAUUUCAUUCACUUAAAAGGCAUAUCGUUAGACAGUGAUACUAUUGUUAAUAAAACCAACUUGGUUGACCUCACCAUAGUUAAACCUCGACCAGAUGCUAUUUUUUCCGACCGUCCAAUUUUGGGAGGUAAAACUCAUAAUCAAAUAAUGUUCUUGGAGCCAAUAUUAGAUGAUUCAUUCGCUGAUAUAUUUGACACUACAUUAAAUCGAUGGGAAAUAAACGUAAAUGUCGACAAAUCCUUCAUGAAAUUUUUUAAAAUUUGGGUAUCAAAUGAAAAGACCGGUAAAGCCUAUUCAUUUAUUUCAAUUGAAAAUGGCGUAGCAAUAUUUGAUACGAUUAAUUUGAAAUGGAUAAAUAGCACUUCAAAUCCACAAGAAUUUUUUACAAAUAAAUCAAAUUUGUACACUGGAUUUGCGCAAGUAAUGUUGUCAAAUGGUAAAAUUUUGUAUAUUGGUGGAACUGUUGGUAAAGUAAAACAGUCAAUGAGUAAGAUAUUAACUUAUGAUAGCGAAACUGAUACGUGGACGAUGAUGAUUGCGGCAGGAAAUGCACCUGAAGGACGUAUCGAGCAUACAGUUGUGUCAACUUCAGAUGGACGUGUCAUAUUAUACGGUAAAAAUGAAUCGGAAAAAGACCCUUUGAAAUAUAAUAAUAAGGAGAUAUAUAAAUUAGAUGUAUCAGAUCCAUUAAAGUAUAAAUGGUCGUUAUUGUCCAACUUUGAAGAUUCAGAAAAAAUAGAACCAACUACUACAUUUCCUAACUCAUCUAACGCCAUACAAACGGAUGUAUCCGUUGGUGGAAGCUCCAUCUUUAAGAACAUUGGAUUGAAACCACGUUGG